AUGCACAAGUGUAAAUUCUGUGAAUACGAGACAGCUGAACAAGGGUUAUUAAAUCGUCAUCUUUUGGCAGUUCAUAGCAAGAACUUUCCCCAUAUUUGUGUAGAGUGUGGUAAAGGUUUUCGUCACCCAUCAGAGCUCAAAAAGCACAUGCGAAUCCAUACUGGGGAGAAACCGUACCAAUGCCAGUACUGCGAAUAUAGGUCUGCAGACUCUUCUAACUUGAAAACGCAUGUAAAGACUAAGCAUAGUAAAGAGAUGCCAUUCAAGUGUGACAUUUGUCUUCUGACUUUCUCAGAUACCAAAGAGGUGCAGCAACAUGCUCUUAUCCACCAAGAAAGCAAAACACACCAGUGUUUGCAUUGCGACCACAAGAGUUCGAACUCAAGUGAUUUGAAACGACACAUAAUUUCAGUCCAUACGAAGGACUACCCCCAUAAGUGUGACAUGUGUGAUAAAGGCUUUCAUAGGCCUUCAGAACUCAAGAAACAUGUAGCUGCCCACAAGGGUAAAAAAAUGCACCAGUGUAGACAUUGUGACUUUAAGAUUGCAGAUCCGUUUGUUCUAAGCCGCCAUAUUCUCUCAGUUCAUACAAAAGAUCUUCCCUUUAGGUGUAAGAGAUGUAGAAAGGGAUUUAGGCAACAGAAUGAGCUUAAAAAGCAUAUGAAGACACACAGUGGCAGGAAAGUGUAUCAGUGUGAGUAUUGUGAGUAUAGCACUACAGAUGCCUCAGGCUUUAAAAGGCACGUCAUUUCCAUUCAUACGAAAGACUAUCCCCACCGGUGUGAGUACUGCAAGAAGGGUUUCCGAAGACCUUCAGAAAAGAACCAGCACAUAAUGCGGCAUCAUAAAGAAGUUGGCCUGUCCUAACAAUUCUUCUACAGACCUUUGUAGAGAUACUGGCCUUGAAACAGAAAAUACAUUUUAAAGCCAAUCAGUCUUGUUCACCUACAAUACUGUAUAUUGAUUUAUGCUGUGUACAAAUAGAACUAUUGCUUCUAGUUGACUUUUUUUUUACAUUUUGUUCAAUAGUGUGUUCUGAAUUCUAUUCAGUUUGUUUAAUAAAUGGGGAAAAGUGGCAACAAGCUAGUUGCUUUUAAUAAAGUAAUCCUUGAUUCUAUACUGAAUUUUUCUAUCUUAGAAGUUUUAUAUUUAUUUAAAUAUUUACCUUGCUUACCUUGAUGGUACUCUUCUAAGACCAUUUAACUUAAGGUAACUUUAGAUUGGUAAUUCUGAAAGUGUUCAUGUUGACUCAUAUUUUUUCCCCAUGAAUUUCUCACAAUAAAAUUGUCAGAGACAUCUACUAAUAUAAAUGGGAGAUUUUACAGUCAGGUCUAAUUAUCAUAACAUGGAAGUCAUUUACUUGACUUGUUUAACAUCUUCAGACCACAUGACAAAGUUUCCGUUUGAGCUUUUGUGUCCCCACUGUCUCUGACUUAAAAAACAGUGGCUGGGUUCGUGUUUACUUUUCAUUUUGUUUAAAAGACAAAACAUACUUCUUUUGGCUUUCUUUGGACUAUUUACAUCUUUUGUCAGCGUAGCAUACUUUUAGAAAACCUUAUGGAAAGGUUUUGCUUGAUCCUGUUGUAUUUUGAUUAUUCUGUCUGUGCUGCUUUGUCUUGGAAUGGUUGUGCUACAAAUGAGACUUACUGAGGACUGCAUUUUGGAAUCUCCUAGAGGUAACUCGUGGCUUAUAGGAUCUUUUGCAACUUUAUAUAUGUUAAUUUACCCUGAAUUAUAUAUAUACAUAUAUAUAACAUGUAUCUGUGUGUAUUGCUUAUUUUACAUAUUUAUACACACAACCCCAAGUAGUAGUUGUUUAAAAUCUAUAAUGAAAAGUAUUAAAUUUACAAUAACAUGAAAGAUCCAGGGAUGCAUGAGAGAGCAUUUUGUAAGUCAUGCUCUUCAGAGAGACUACUCAGGUGAAGAAUUAGAAGGAAAAUAAGGACACUAGUAUUUUUAAAGAGUAAAGGUAUUUUCUUUCAAAUAUUUUUGGUAAUUGAGAAAUAGAAAGUUAAGAUGUUUCUAGAUAGAAUGUUUUCAUACAGUUUCAGCUCCAUGCCUUUAUAUUUUUCUGAAAAGCUAAUGAAUAUCUAGAUAUGACUCCCUCAGUUUUCUGAGAAGCCCGAGAGAGAGCUCUUGUCUCACCAUGUGCGGGGGACGGAGAGGAAGCGAUGGUUCCGCGGACCAGAGAAUGGGUGCUAAUUAUGACCUAACACUUGGCGUGUCCGGCCUGCUCUGUUACUUAGUACAGUUAGGGAACUUCAAUAACUUAACACUCAAGUUGGCCCUGAUUAGACAAUAGAGGUGUUUCAAGUGCAUAAGGAAAGUCUGAAGCCUUAUUUGGAACAUCAAGUCUUCCACAGUUUUGUUUUUCUUUGAGAAUUGGCAUUUUUUAACAGGUAGGUCCGAAUCAGAGUUACUCAUUUGUAAAGUGAACUCGGCUACUUAGAAUUCGAUGAUGUUAAGAUGAAUCUUGGAGAACAGUGAACUGUUUGGGGGCUGUGUAAAUUGCUGUUGGCACGUACUAAUCGGGCACAUCAUGGGAGAUUUAGUGAUUUUCUUCCCACUUGAUAACUGCCUUGCCGCCUCAUUAUGGUGCUCCAUCCCCGUUGUGCCGUCAGGUUUUUACCUUUUCAUCUUUCUCUUUGUUAUCCGUAUUUGUAUUCGAGUUCGAGUUACGUUUUUAGGGUUAGAAGUCGAAAUAUUAGGUGUUUGGCCUCUGAAGUACUAGAUUGAUAUAGUCUAGUUCUAAAGUGCUCUCGACUGGUAUGAACUGCAACCCCACUGCCAGUCAAAGCCAAGGCACAGUUUUCUAGCCUAUCCCAUAGGGAAGUCCUGUGUCACCUUGGCCCCAUAAUGUGCUUUUUUUUUUUCUUCUUUUUUUAAAAAGUAACUUACAAUUGUGUGAUUCAUUGCCCUCUAGUCUUGAAAGCUCUGUCUGUUAUUUUGUGAGAACCUUUUAAAUCUCCUUUAAUUUUUAUUUUCCCCAGAAAUAAUGUAAAAGAAAACACUUAAAUAAAAGUGGAAAUUUAUUAAUUUUUAAAUGUCCUGUAAAGUACAAAAAAUAUAAAUGAUUGGGUCAUUUAACUAUAUUUUUUUAAAUAAACUGAAAGAUAAAGAACACAACACUUUACACACUUUAUAUUUCUCUUACAUAAUCUGGAAUCAUACACAGUUCUUUUCUUUUUAAAGCACAAUAUUAAAACCUUUAAAAGGUAUUUAAGGGUUUGGUCAAGUGAAUAUGAUAAAAUGUAUUUGUCUGUAUAAAGAGAAAAUGAAAUUGUAGUCACUGUUAUGUACUGACAUUAGUUACAACCUAGUUUUAAUUCUUAAAACAAUUUUGAUUAGCAAAGCUAAAAAAUUGAUGUUUCAGUUAAAUGUUUUAAAGAGGUACAGAUUUUAAAAAGGACAUAAUAUAAGUUAUUGUUCUGUAGAAAUAUCCUAUUAAAUAUUGUAUGUCCCUCUCUCUGUACACUUUGUAAAAAAAAGUAAAAUACAUAAAAAGAAAAUCAUAUAGGGAUGUGUGACAUUAUUGUAAUUGUGUACUUGAGAAGAAUGUGCAAAAAUAAAAAUCAGAAUAUUUUCCUGUUAAUAAAUGUUUAGUCUAUUUGAUACCAGUACUAAGUUAAUGCUUAUUCUUAAGGAAAAAAAUGUACAGUUUUUGUAAACCUAAUAAACAUCAAAAGCAGUGGAUUAUUUUCAUUUCCUCCAUUUCUUAAUUCCUUUUAUGCAGCAAUGGAAUGCAAAAUGCUUGAUUGCUUUGAAUUUUGUGACUCGGAUGCAAAUACUGAUAGUAUUUCAGUCCUGUGAAUUUGCAAGUAAUAUUUCAGAGAAGUUAAGAGGUGAUUGGUGAGUCCUUUGAUGAGUAUGUCCUUGAAAUUUAUUUUUUUCCUUUUAUCGCCAUAAUGGAUUUAUUUUAUUAGCAUCUUCAAUUCCCUUGAGAUAAAUUACCUAUGCAUAAGGUAGUUUUUGAGAGCACUUAAAAAUUCAUUUCAGUAUCAAUCCACAGCACAUUUAAUCGGUGGGGACUGUUAGCACCUCCACAGCCGAAACCCUGGCCUUAAGUUACCCCUGUGUGCCCAGUUUGGAGGACUCUAAUAGACAGUAACUUACCAGAGAAUGGUAAUUGUUAUAGUAAAAAUCGGAAGUUAGGUAAAAGAUUUGCGCCAUCUCUUGACUAUAAAGAUGGGAUUCUGCAGUUUUUCAACUGUCGGACAAAGUGCUUACCUCGUAGUUGGAGCUGUGAAUCAAAAUGAGGUAAAUGAUUUCAGAGAACUUGUUGGACGUCACUGUGCAGAGCCACAAAUCAGACAAAACCAUAGUCUGCUGAAAAACUUAAUUGUAAUACAACACCCAACAAAUGCCAUCUAACCAAUUGUGACCCAACCAGUCAGAUAACCUGCUACUCUGUGAUCCUCUGUAUCAACAAUUUCUUUCAUUUCCCACAAAUUCUAGGGUCGAUGUCAGGAAAAGGAUGACCAAUACAUAGCUUAAAGAGGAGCUAUCUCAGAGCACUGGUUUUCAAAAUGUGGCUGGCGGCACUGGUAGCAACAACAAUUAUCUGGGACUUUGUUAAACGUGAAAAUCCUCAGCUCCACCCCAGUCCCUCUGAAUUGGAAAAUAAAACUUGGGACUCAGUGGUUUUAACAAGUUCUCCAAGUGAUUCUGAUACAUGGACUCAAGUUUUGGGAGCACUGUUAUAGAGCACUUGCGGAACUUAAAAGAUCACUGGUGCAACUUUUUGUGUGGUAAGGCAAGAAAAUCACAAAAACAAGACAAAAAAACUAGGAAUGAGUAAUGAAGGUAAAAUAGGACCCAGUUUGUGCCUUUGGCUUACCCUUUUAUAAAUAGCCCACUAUUCGAUAAGUUUGUCCUUUAGUGGACGUUGAAGUAGCUUGCACUUCCUGAAUCUUGUAU